AUGAAUGAAAAGCAGUAUAGAAAGAAUAUCUAUCAUUCUACUAUCCAAUUACAAGAAGCAAAGGCUUCUAGUCUACCCAGUUUACUCGUUAGAAACAAAGCAUUUGCUGAAGCACUCGAUCAAAAACAAGGUGGUCAUGACUUUUGGCACUCUCCUUCUCGUGAAGAGAUGAUCAAACGAUUAAAACAAAAAGAGGAAUAUGAUCUACUUGUUGUGGGUGGCGGCGCUACGGGUGCUGGUGUUGCUGUUGAUGCUGCUACACGUGGAUUAAAAGUCGCCUUGGUAGAGCGUGAUGAUUUUGCUUCAGGUACUUCUUCAAGAUCAACAAAACUUGUUCAUGGUGGUGUUCGUUAUCUUCAAAAGGCUAUCAUGGAAUUAGAUUAUGAACAAUACAAGUUGGUCUGUGAAGCACUUCACGAACGAAAAAUCUUUUUGGAUAUCGCACCUCAUCUCUCGGAUCAAUUACCUAUUAUGCUUCCCGUUUAUAAGUGGUGGCAGAUACCUUAUUAUUGGGUGGGAUGUAAACUGUAUGACGCAUUUGCUGGACGUGAAGCACUAGAAAGUAGCUACUUCUUGACACGCUCAAAGGCCCUGGAAGCUUUUCCUAUGCUUAGAAAGGAUGAACUUGUAGGCGCUCUUGUUUAUUAUGAUGGUCAACACAAUGAUGCAAGAAUGAACGUUGCAUUGGCCAUGACAGCUGCUUGCUAUGGUGCCACAGUCGCCAAUCACUGUGAAGUUGUCAACUUGACAAAGGACGAAAGCGGUUUCGUCAAUGGUGCCAUUUUAAGAGAUAACUUGAAUGGUGACGAGUGGACAGUAAAGGCAAAGGGCGUCAUCAACGCAACAGGCCCAUUUUCUGAUAAUAUUCGAAAGAUGGACAAUCCUCAAGACAUGGACAUUGUCGCUCCUUCAGCUGGCGUACACAUUAUUCUUCCCAACUACUAUAGUCCAAGAAACAUGGGCUUGUUAGAUCCUGCUACAAGUGAUGGUCGUGUCAUCUUCUUCUUACCCUGGCAAGGCAACACUAUUGCCGGUACAACAGAUUCCCCUACUGAAGUAACUCAAAACCCUAUGCCUAAGGAAGAUGAAAUUAAUUGGAUUUUGGAUGAAGUCUCUCAUUACUUGAGUGCAGAUGUCAAGGUGCGUCGUAGCGAUGUCCUUGCUGCCUGGUCAGGUAUUCGUCCUCUGGUCCGUGAUCCAGGAGCCAAAAACACUGAAUCUCUUGUCCGUAACCAUAUGAUUAAUGUUAGCGAAAACAAAUUACUCACUAUCGCCGGUGGUAAGUGGACAACCUAUCGUGCAAUGGCUGAGGAAACCGUCGAUCGUGCGAUCCAAGUUUAUGGCUUGAAGCCCAAAAAGACAUGUCAGACUGAAGAAACCAUGUUAAUCGGUGCUGAAGGAUACACCAACAUCAUGUUUAUCCGCCUCGUUCAAGAAUUUGGUAUGGAUACCGAAGUUGCUCAGCACUUGGCUCGUAGCUACGGUAACAGAUCUUUCAAGGUUGCCGAGAUUGAUGAUCCUACCAACGCCAUGUGGCCCAAAUACGGUAAGCGUAUUUCACCCAACUAUCCUUACAUCGAAGCAGAAGUUCGCUACACCGUUCGUCAAGAACAAGCCUGUACAGCUGUUGACGUCUUGGCACGUCGUACCCGUCUUGCCUUCUUAAACGCUGAAGCUGCCUUACAAGCUCUUCCCCGUGUUGUUGACAUUAUGGCAGAGGAGUUAAAGUGGGACGAUAAGCGCAAGAAGGAGGAAAUCACAAAGGCUACCAUUUUCCUUCAUACCAUGGGUCUCGCCAAUGAUAAAGUGGAUCAACCUUCAGGAAACUAA